AUGGGGUUGAUGAAGCGGUUUCAUACUAUAGUUUGCGACAAGUCCGCCAGCGCCGAGUCUGCCUCGGUCGACGACCCGAGAACCUUGCAAGCGACGGCUGGUGAUAAGGAAGCGGGAUUUCCACCUGCCAACGAGGUCACAAACAAUGACAACAGUGACCAUGACCAGGAGAAACCUACAGAGGAUGCCCAGGCGGGUGUUAAGAAAAUCGAAGCAGUCACUCUCGCCUGGAGCAAGUCUUCCGCCUACCUGGUGCUAGUCCUCAUCUGGUUCCUCACCUUGGUUAAUGAUUUCCGCGGCUCGAUGACGUACAGUUUGAACGCGUAUGCGACAAGUUCCUUCGCAGGACAUUCGUUGCUGACCGUCAUUACCAUCGUGGCCUCGGCCAUGGCUGGUUCCGUUUAUAUCCCCAUGGCUAAAGCGUUGGACCUGUGGGGCCGUGCGGAGGGUUUCCUCGUUAUGAUUACUUUCUGCGUUCUCGGUCUGGUUCUGCUCGCUUCAUCGCAGAACCUCCCAACCUACUGUGCUGGACAGGUUUUCUACUCAGUAGGCUUCGGAGGCCUGGCCUAUACAUGGGAUGUUCUUGCUACCGAUGUGACCAAUCUGAGAAAUCGAGGACUGGCUUUUGCCUUUACCUCAUCUCCGGCAUUGAUCUCCGCGUUUGGUGGAUCCAAGGCUGCUGGCGAGCUGCUCGUGCACUCCACCUGGCGCUGGGGCUAUGGUAUCUGGGCCAUUCUCGUGCCUGUCUUUGCCCUGCCAAUCUACUUCAUGUUGGCUUAUAACCUCCGCAAGGCGGAGAAAAAGGGCAUCCUUGUCCGUGAGAAGAAGAAGUUGGACAUCAGCCCUCGGGGCAUUUGGUGGUUCAUCAUCGAGUUUGAUUUACUCGGAGUUGUUCUCUUCGCUGGAGGUUUCAUCGUUUUCCUUCUUCCCUUUACCCUGGCGGCUACCGCCCCUCACGGCUUCCAGACGGGCUAUAUCAUUGCGAUGAUUGUGGUUGGCUUAGUCCUGAUCAUUAGCUUCUGGUUCUACGAGAUGUUCCUUGCACCAGUGCCAUUCCUGAACUACAAGUUCCUGACCGACCGCACCGUGCUGGGUGCAUGUCUCUUGGAUAUGACAUACCAGGUCUCAUACUACUGCUACGGCAGUUACCUCUCCUCGUUCCUGCAAGUGGUUUAUGAGUUGGAUGUCACGACUGCCGGAUAUGUUGGCAACAUAUUCAGUGUCGUCUCAUUUGUCUUCCUCUUCCUUGCCGGUUGGCUAAUCCGCGUGACUGGUCGCUUCAAGUGGAUUCUCUGGAUCUGCGUCCCCAUGUACAUCUUUGGCUUGGGUCUUAUGAUCCACUUCCGUACGCCAGGAGGCUACAUUGGCUACAUUGUCAUGUGCGAGAUCUUUUUCUCUGUUGCGGGUAGCGUUUUUAUCCUUUGUGUACAACUCGCUGUCCUCGCAUCCGUUGAUCACCAGCACGUCGCUGCAGUGCUCGCUUUGCUCUUCGUGAUGGGCAGCAUCGGUGGCUCCAUCGGCAGUGCUAUCUGCGGUGCUAUCUGGACAAACACAUUCUUGAAGAAACUCGAGCAGGUUCUCCCAGCCUCAGCCCAGCCAAACCUGAUGCUCAUCUAUGAGAGUCUUCCUCAGCAGCUCAGUUAUCCGGUUGGAAGUGCGACCCGUGACGCAAUUGUCCAGGCAUACGGCUAUGCUCAAACUCGCAUGCUCAUUGCGGGCACAGUGUUCAUGGUCCUGGGCUUUAUCUGGGUUGGAAUGAUGAGAAACAUCAACGUCAAGAACAUGACUCAGACCAAGGGUAACGUGUUCUAA